UCGGUGGAUUUGAUCUAAGGGCUAACAUUUCAGCCUUUUGAAUGAAUGCUUCUCUUCGGUUUAUACCAAAUCAAUAUCAAAAGAGAACUCGCCUUCCGCCUUCUUCCUUAUUUUUCUUCUUCAUCUUAUUACCAAGUAAACCUGCCAGAUUGAAACAGUAAACAAUCAACUAUUUUAAUGAAUAGCUGCCCCUGCUCUGCUUUUUUUUUCUUAUUAUAAACAUUAAAUAAAUAAUUGAAGAAACCAUUUCUUAAGAUACAGCUUCUUCAAUUCUCCCUUCAAUCAAAACUGCCAUCUCCAACCUCUCCAAAAAAAAAAAGCCCCAUUAUCCUUGUUUCGCUUCUGAUAGAGUUUGGCUUGUUACUGAUUCAUGACAGUUUCUCCACAAAUUUUCCCGCCAAGAAAACGCUGGCCAUCGGCAGGGGCCUUUCUUGCUCCUAGCUUCUCUCAUCAUAAACUUCUCCAUUCUCUCCUCAUCCUAUCCCAAGAAAUCUCAUCUCUCAACCCCAUUUCAUUCCUCCUAAAACCCAAUUCUCUUUCCGUUAUACGAAAAACAAGCCUCCUCGCAAUCUUCUUCGAUGAGCUUCUUCGUAACCAAAUUCCUUUUCCUUCUUCCACUUUCCUUUGCUUUGAAGAAAUGUACAUACUCUUACAAAGAGUCAAGAAUCUAAUGGAGGACUGCGCAAAUGGAAGCAGGAUGUGGCUUCUAAUCCAAGCCGAAUCUGUGGUUAGCAGUUUUCACGAGCUAACCCUUCAAUUAUCUACUCUUUUAGAUAUUUUCCCACUAGAACACGUUGAUUUGAGCGACGAUAUUCAAGAACUCUUCACUUUGAUCAGAAAACAAUGCUUCCAAGCAAAAUGUUCCCUGGAUCCGAGUGAUUAUAAUCUAAGGCACAAGGUGCUAACGAUGCUGGAUCGAAUCAAGAAAGAGAUCGUGCCUGAUCAUUCCAAACUCGCUGAGAUAUUUGAUAAACUAGGCCUACAAAAUUCUUCCAGUUGCAAAGAGGAGAUGGAGAGUCUCGAAGACGAAAUGCAAAAUCAGAUCGACCACAAAUCCAAAUCCGAAGUGGUUGCUUUGAUCGGACUCGUCCGCUAUGCGAAAUGUGUCCUCUAUGGAGCAUCAACGCCCACAUCCGAUCACGGGAGAGAAAAGGUGGUGUCAGAAGCCAUUGUUCCACCGGACUUCCGCUGUCCGAUUAGCCUGGAAUUGAUGCGGGACCCAGUCGUAUUGGCCACCGGCCAGACUUACAAUCGGGAGUCGAUCACUCUUUGGAUUGAAUCUGGACAUAACACGUGUCCAAAGACAGGUCAGACAUUGUCCCACACCAACCUUAUCUCUAACCUUGCUUUGAAGAACCUGAUUGGCAUGUGGUGUCGGGAGCAGAAAAUUCCUUUCGAGUCUAUGGAAAAUAACCAAAAACUUGACGGCGUUAUGCGAAACAAGGCGGCGAUUGCGGCUACCAAGAUGAUGGUGUCUUUUUUCGUCAACGAGCUCUCAAUUUCACAGUCAUUGGAAGCAGCUAACGGCGUCGUUUAUGAACUUCGCACGCUGGCAAAAACAAACUCGGAUGGCCGAGCCUACAUGGCCGAAGUCGGAGUCAUUCCUUUGCUCGUACGUUACCUAGGCUCGGAUGUAGGUUCGGAGCUUCCGAACUUACAAGUCAACGCCGUAACGGCUAUUCUCAAUCUCUCCAUUCUUGAAGCAAACAAAACCAGGAUAAUGGAAAUUGAUGGAGUUUUAAACGGCGUCAUAGAGGUGCUGCGAUCGGGUGCCACGUGGGAAGCAAAAGCAAAUGCAGCAGCUACCAUAUUCAGCGUAUCGGGUGUGCACUCAUAUCGGAAGCAAUUGGGAAGGAAAACACGUGUCAUAAAGGGAUUGAUGGACUUAGCUAAAAGCGGGAACAUGUGUUCGAAAAAGGAUGCUUUGAUGGCAAUUUUGAGUUUGGCGUGGGAUAGAGAAACUAUUGGGAGGUUGGUGGAGGCUGGAGUGGUAGAGACGGUGAUGGAAGUAGUGAAUGUGCUACCGGAGGAGGCGGUGACCAUUCUUGAAAUGGUGGUGAAGAAAGGUGGAAUAUUAGCUACCGCGGCGGCUUAUAAUGCAAUUAAGAAAUUAGGGAUGUUAUUAAGAGAAGGAUCGGAUGCGGCAAGAGAGAGUGCAAUGGCGACUCUUGUUACGAUCUGUCGAAAAGGAGGAUCGGAAAUGGUGGCAGAACUGGCAUCAAUAUGUGAAAUUGAGAGAAUUAUAUGGGAAUUGAUGGGAUCAGGGACAAUUAGAUCAAGAAGAAAAGCGGCUACUCUGUUGAGGAUUAUCAGGAGAUGGGCGGCUAGUUUGGAUGGUGAAUUUGUAGAUAUGAAUACUACUGCUACUGCAAUAAUAACUAGUUCAUCAAGGCCUGCAUUUGCAAGAUAACAUUUAAUUUGUGUGCAUAUGUUCUUCAAUUUGUAGAGAUAUUGCUGUGUAUUUCGUUGGAAUUUUUCUUCUCUGAUGAGGCAAUGAAUUGUGUAAUCUCUUCAUUC